GUACUCUAGAAGAAGAAAAUGUACAGUCUAAACCAAAACGGAAAGUAAAAACUAACGGAAGCCAUCAGUCUGACUGCAUUUCACUGAGGCUAUGGAAGGAAAUGAGAAGAGACGAAAAGCAGUAACUCCAGAACCCAGAAACCCAGCAGAAACUCUUGAAGUCAGUGAUCAAUCUGUCGAGAAUCACAUUGCAGACGUAUCUCCGAAAGCCAGCUGUGCCUCUGUGAAAAGCACCAGCUCUAUGGAUCUUCCUUUUAAAUUUAGUGGUGGGUCGGUGACCUUCGACCCCAGUGCAAAGAGAGAUUGUUUCAUCCAGGCUGCUAGUCCUGCUCCCUGCCACACUUUAACUGUUGAUCUGCUCAAGGAGAAACACAAAACGAGCAUGAAGAGGAAGUACGAGAGUUUAUUUGAGGGAAAUCAAUUGCGAAAGAAUAAAACAUCCCUGAACCAGAUCUACACACAACUCUUCAUCAUAGAGGGAGUAAGUGAAACUGUGAAUGAGGAACAUGAGAUCUUACAGAUGGAGAAAGGGUUCAAGACGCUUCAGGAAACCCCAAUCAACUGCAAUGACAUCUUCCAACCUCUUCCAGGCUCUAAGAAUUUUACACAAGACAAAGUCAAGACUGUUUUAACGAACGGCAUAGCUGGAAUUGGAAAAACUGUCUCUGUGCAGAAGUUUAUCCUGGACUGGACUGAGGGAAAAGCCAAUCGGGAUGUGGAUUUUUUGUUUGUGCUUUCAUUCCGAGAGCUGAACUUGAUUAAAGAUCUUGAGUACAGUCUUCAUAAACUUCUGCAGGACUUUCAUCCUGAACUCCAACAUCUGGACUCAAUCGUUUUCGAACAGUGUAACGUUUUGUUCAUCUUUGACGGUUUGGAUGAAAGCAGAAUCACGCUGAUGUUUUCAGAUGCUCAGAAAGUUAGUGAUGUGAACGAGUCCUCAUCACUGAGCGUGUUGAUGUCAAACCUCAUCCGAGGAGAUCUGCUUCCCUCUGCCCUCAUCUGGAUCACCACCAGACCAGCAGCAGCCAGUCAGAUCCCUUCAAAAUACGUCAACCGUCUGACAGAAAUCCAAGGAUUCAGCGAGCCUCAGAAAGAGGAAUAUUUCAGGAAGCGAAUCAGAGACAAGCAUCAAUCCAGCAGAAUCAUCUCACACAUCAGAAGAUCAAGAAGCCUUCACAUCAUGUGCCACAUACCCGUCUUCUGUUGGAUUUCAGCAACGGUUCUACAGAACGUCCUGGAAGAUGAUCUCAAUGCAGAAAUCCCUCAAACUCUGACUGAAAUGUACAUCCAUUUCCUGCUCAUCCAGACUAAAAUAAAGAACCAGAAAUAUACUGAGAACAAUCAGAGAGAUCCAGAAGAGCUUCUGCAGUCCAGCGAGGAUGUGAUCUUGAAACUUGCUAAACUGGCCUUCAAACAGCUGAUGAAUGGCAAUGUGACAUUUUACGAGGAGGACUUGAGAGAGCACGGCAUAGAUGUUACAGAGAGCUCAGUGAAUUCUGGGAUGCUCACUGAGAUCUUCAGGUUGGAGUCUGUGAUUCAUCAUCAGAAAGUCUACUGCUUUAUACAUCUGAGCUUUCAGGAGUUUCUCGCUGCAUAUUACAUCUUUCACUGCUUUGUUAACGACACUUCAGAGGCUCUGAAAGCGUUUGAUUUGCUCUCAAAUUUCUAUAAGGGAGUGGUAGACGCAGCUCUUCAAAGCGAGAAUGGACACCUGGAUCUUUUCUUGCGGUUUCUGCUGGGUAUUUCACUGGAGUCUAAUCAGAGACUCCUACAGGGUCUCCUGAGGCAUACGGAGAAGAGCUCGAAGAGCAUCAGGACAAUCGCAGCUUAUAUUAAAGAGAAAAUUAAACAUGAGCAAGGUAUUCUGGCUGACCGAUCAAUCAAUCUGUUCCUCUGUCUGCUGGAGAUGAAGGAUCAGACUCUGUCCAGAGAGAUUCUGGACUUUCUGAAAUCCGACAAACACUCAGAGAAUAAACUCUCUCCUGCUCACUGCUCAGCAAUCGCCUACAUGCUCCAGAUGUCAGAGGAGGUGCUGGAGGAGCUGGAUCUCAGAAAAUACAACACGUCAGAUGAGGGACGGCGAAGACUGUUGCCGGCAGUAAUGAACUGCAGAAAAGCACUUCUUGCCGGCUGUAAUAUCACUGAUCAAUGUUGUGACAUUGUGGCGUCAGCUCUGCAGUCAUCAGAUUCGUCCCUCAUAGAGCUGGAUCUGAGUAAUAAUGAUCUGCAGGAUGCUGGUGUGAAACGUUUAUGUGCUGGAUUGAAGAGUCCCAACUGUCAGCUCCAGAUACUCAGAUUGUCAGGGUGUAUGGUGACGGAGGAAGGCUGUGGUUUUCUGGCUUCAGCUCUCAGUUUAAAUACAUCACACCUGAAAGAACUGGACCUCAGCUACAAUCAUCCGGGAGAAGCAGGCGUUGAGAUGCUUUCAGCUCUACAGAACAAUCCAGACCUCAAACUGGAAAAAAUUGAUUUCAGCUAUUGUGGAGAGUUCAGGAUCACACCAGGAUUGAAGAAAUAUUCCUGCUGUCUCAGUCUCGAUCCAGACACAGCAAACACUCGCCUCACUCUUUCAGAGGGAAACAGAAUGGUGAUGCGUGUGGUAGAUGAGCAGCCAUAUCCUGAUCAUCCGGACAGAUUUGAGCACUAUGAGCAGGUUCUAUGUAAAGAGCCUCUGUCUGAUCGCUGCUACUGGGAGGCUGAGUGGAGUCGAGGGGUAAAUGCCGCAGUGGCAUAUAAAGGAAUCCGAAAAAAAGGUGGGAGUGACUGCAGAUUUGGGUGGAACGAAAAGUCCUGGGGUCUUUUCUGUACUCCUGAUCGAUACAGUGCUUGGCACGAUUAUAGGAGUAUAGACAUACUUGUCCAUUCAGACUCCUCAAACAGAAUAGCAGUGUAUCUGGACAGGCUGGCUGGAAUCCUAUCUUUCUACAGUGUCUCUGACGAACACACACUUACACACAUACACACGUUCAGUGCCAAGUUCACCGAACCACUCUAUGCUGGAUUUUCCGUUUAUGGUUCAGUGUCAAUAGCGGGGUUUCCAUCCUAAUGCGACGCAAAUCUUUUCAAAUUUCACAAAAAAAGAAAUUUCCUCAUAGCAAAUUAGCUGCGUUUCCAUCAAGUUAGAGUGGCUUGGUGUAGUAUUGGUAACCUAGCAACCAACAGUCAGUGUUGGGGAGGUUACUUUGGAAAGUAAUAGAUUCCAGAUUACCCUAUUUAAAAUGUAAUAAGUAGUGCACCUUUUCAAUUACUUAAUAAAAGUAAAGUAACUGAUUACAUCUGAUUAAUUUUGAUUACUUUUAUGUUUCUAAUAGAUAUUUUCAACUCAAUAAUUUUCAAGCAUUUAUACCAAGCAGGUGUGACCUUACAGUAUCUCUGUUUACUGUUAGAAUAUCAAAAUCUUUCAUCACUUGAAUUUAGAUUAUAUUAAUUUAAUUUUAAAUGACAGCCACCACAAAACCAGACCUCAUAACAAAAAAUAGUUUACUGUUGUUACAAAGUGAAGUUUCAUAAACUAAUUUCGAGAGGAGCACGUGAUAUGAUUGAGCAUGUCUGGCCACUCAUCUGUAAUCAGUAAUAAUCCAAUCAGAGUGAUCCUAGUCUACUAUAAAUGGAUCAUUUUCUCCCUACUGUUUCUAUCUUCGUUUGGAAGAAUCCCCCCUUCCACCCCCAUCUCCUCCUUUUCCUCCCUUUUCUAAAGGGGGAGCUCUCGAGACCUACCUGAUCUCGGAUCUCCUGAUAUGCUUAUCGACCGGGCAGGAGCCCUGGGCUCAAAUAUCUCCGAGCUCAGGGUUCUCUCCCGGGACAGCAUGCCAAACCUGCUUUAUACGCCAAGCAUAUCUAAGUGGGAGCUCUUGAAAUCAAAAUUUUAGUUAGUUGUGCAGUGUGAUUUUUGUGGCAUUUGACAAUACAUCUAAGCUAUUUUUGCAAUUUUCAUUUUUAAAUCAAAGCAACUUAAA